AUGGCUAAUCCGCCAACAACAACGCUGCAGAGACUUAAGGGGCUUACUACAGGAUCUCUUCCUACUUUCAUAGAUGCGGGUUCCAACUUCAAUGGUGAUGUUAUCGAUGAGGACAACUUGAUUAGCCAGCUCUACUAUAGUGGCCGCCGGGUUGCUUUUGCGGGUGACGAUACUUGGGACGCUCUCUUUGGACCUUAUUUGUAUAGAAAUCUCACUUUCCCGUACGAAUCUCUCAACGUCUGGGAUCUUCAUAGUGUCGAUCAGGGUGUCAUCGACCACAUUUUCCCUAUGAUAAGACACAAUUCCACCGACUGGGAUGUUUUGAUAGGGCAUUUCUUGGGUGUUGACCAUUGCGGCCAUCGUUACGGACCUCAGCAUUAUGCCAUGAAAGAGAAAUUACUGCAGCUGGACACUGUUAUUCGUCAAGUCAUUUCGCAAAUGGAUAACGAGACCGUUUUAUUUGUGUUUGGGGACCACGGAAUGGACUCCACAGGCAACCAUGGUGGAGAAACACGCGACGAACUUGAAUCGGCCUUAUUCAUGUACUCCAAGACCCCCUACUUCGGUCAUGUGGAUUCUACAGAAUAUGAUACCGGCGAUUUGGGAUCCAGAUAUCGCUCAGUCAAUCAGAUUGACUUUGUUCCUACCUCAUCCAUGCUUUUAGGAAUUCCAAUACCGUUCAAUUCGUUAGGUUCCAUUAUAAAAGAGACGUUUUUGGGCCCUCAAGGAAACGACACGGCCAAUCUAGCUGAAGCCAUGAGGAUAACGGCCUCUCAAAUUGACCACUAUAGACACGCCUCCCAGGAGUUGGCCUUUGAUUCAUCUGUCAACGAACUUUAUCAGCACUUAAAUGCGUCAUGGUUGCAGAAUGCGUCGUCAGAAGAGUUUGUAGAAGAAGCAUAUAACUACCAGCAGUUUUCUUUGGCCAAAUGCAAAGAGAAAUGGGCAACUUUUGAUGACACCAACAUUGCAAUAGGUAUCGGUCUUAUGUCAUUGGCAUGGAUUUUGCUCGUCAUUUACUCCAAGCUGAUCCCCUCAGUGGUGGUGGCCCAAUUGAAUCCUCAAUUCUUUUAUUCAUCAAUGGCAUUGAUGCUUGUAUAUACCGCUCUUCUUGCAUCAUUCAUCUUUGUUUUCAAACCCACUAGUCUUCCUAUUUCUUGGGCAUUGCUUUUGGGAGUGGCCUUAGGCAUCGUCAAUGGUAUUCUUGCGCCUAUAAUGGAUAGGUACUCUAUUCCUUGGCUUGUCAGUCAAGUUAAAGAGAACUUGAUUCAGAAUGGUUGGACUUAUAUGGGUAUAAUCAUUAUAGCCAUGCAUUCACUAAUCUUCACCAGCAAUUCCUUCAUCAUCUGGGAAGAUCAGAUCACCUGUUUUUGGCUAGUCACCUUUGGAGUUUGUGCAUUCUUCAAAUCGUUCCAGCUAACCAAUUCUAAUAGAAGGCUUCUGGGUGCCUACCAUUCACUUAUAUUCAUUUCUUUGACUAGAUUGGUGUCCCAAAUAAAGCUAUGUCGUGAAGAGCAAGGUGAUAAGUGCAUUUCCAAUUUCCAGACAAGUUUCUACGCCGUGGCAGGGCUUUAUAUCUCGGCUAUUGUACUUCCAUGGAUUAUCAAAAGCUUCUACAUCUCAUCUAAUAGCUAUGAAAGUUCCGCACCGGUAUGGAUUUCUCAAGGAUUUCGUGCCAUGAUGUUUCUUACAGCUCUGACAUGGAGUAUAGAAUUAUUGGAGCAUGACUUGAAGCUUACGAAGUCGCUUAAUAUUAGCUUCGACACCUUAAAAACCAUCAGAAUAACGCUGGCUCGAAUAGUCCUUGGUGUUUCCCUCUUGGCUGCUAAUUUUGGCUGGGCCAGCGGCCCACUUUGCGUGAAAGUUGAACUGCAAGAGGAACCAAAACGUGCUCAUAUCAUUGGCUACGGCAAUGCAUACGGAUCCACUUAUUUCCUCUUCUUCAUCAAUUUUUUGAGUGCCAUUUUACUCUGCAGCAAGCCUCUUGCGGGGCUUUCGUUGGCCGUAUUAACCUAUCAGUUCCUUUCACUAUUGGAGAUCGUUGAUUUGCUCAACAUAAGGACUAAUCUCAUAUCUGUCGUCGUCGUAGGUCUACUUGGAUAUCUUCAUUUCUUCACCACAGGCCAUCAGGCCACACUACAAUCCAUUCAUUGGGAUGCCGCUUUCAUCAUUACAGAGACAAUUAGUUUUCCAUUUACUCAUUUGACUAUAAUCUUGGAUACAUUUGGCUCUUUCAUCUUGAUAUCUAUUGGUGUGGCAUUACUUACUCUUUGGAGGCAACCUCCAACUAGUAGACCGGUGGCGCUUGUAUCUAAAGUGGUGGAAAAUGCAACAAGUUUGUUGCUCUACCAAAUUAGUCUCACCAUUUCAACGAUGGUGAUGACGAAUCACUUCAGAAGACAUCUUAUGGUGUGGAAGAUUUUUGCACCAAGGUAUAUGAUGAACGGAUUGAUAUUGAUAGUGAUGAACUUCAUCUUGGUGUUUGUUACAAUUGGCUUUGCCAGUCCGAGAGUGCUGAAGAGAUGGUACGAUGUGUUUGGGGCGUGA